AUGGACAUUGAAAAAGUGAUCAGAGACCUCCACCCCCUUGGCGGGCAGGUGCUCCCGAUCCGGACAGUUCAAGAGACACGGCCAGUGGAGGAAUUUGCCGAUGCUCUUGUCGCAGAAGUCAACGUCAAAGCCGCAUCCAAGGUCAUCAAGGCCCUCGACUCUGCGUUUCCCAAAGACCCAAACCUCCCACUAUCCCACCUUCGCCGGUUUGCGAAAAGAGAGAUGCUCCCGCAACCACUGAGAGAGGCAAUAGAGACCCAAAAUGCACCGGCAGCACCAGGGCAAACAUUAUUCGUCCUACUCUCACCACCCCUCCCGGAUGCCGAGAAAUUGAAGGCCAUUCUUACCCCGUUUGCGCCAACACCAGCACCUACUACGCCCACUGACACAGCUGCAGAUGGCGCAGCAGAAGAGUCGCCGGUCCCAACGAUCCAUCUUCACCCUGUAAAAGUUCCUCUAUACCCUCCUUUCAACACAACUCAAGCCGAGACGUGGACCAAGACCCUCUGGCCAGUCGUCUUCAACCCAGCUGCGCCGCGCUCUUUCGUCGCACCGCCUCCACAAACCUUAGCCCGCGCACAAGAGUCUAUUGAACCACACGCAGGGUACUACCUGUCCCUUGCUCAAAGAGUCGCACAAGAAGCAGAGCAAUCCGGUCUAGGCCGUAGCGUUGGCGCCGUAAUUGUCGACCCAGCAAUCGCAUCUGAACUAGCCCCCGAAGACAACGACCAGACAACAUGGGACGAAGCCGUCCUAGCCGUCGCCGGCGACGCGCGAUAUUCCCGACCAGAAGGCGGUGCUCCAUCUCAGGCCCAGCAACACCCAUAUAUCGCACCAAACCCCGCCAGCAAAACAUACAAUGCCGAUCUCGAAGGCGGGCCCGAACUACACGCCCUGAUGCGCGCGGUGGAACUCAUCGCGCGCUGGCGGAGAGAAAACGACCGCGAGGGCCCAUCCGAUACACCGGAAUCGGCGAGGCUGAGUCCGCUCGAAUCCCACUUUUUAUAUCGGCACAGUCCUGUCCCAGUGCCUCUUUCGCCUUCCUCGUUGAAGAGGAAGCAUGAGGAUCAUGUUUCGGAGUCUGACAUCGUUCCUGCUUCGAAUGAUCUUCAUACUCCGCUUCCUGCGCCGCCGUCGGUGGAUCAUGCGGCUCCUGCGCCUGCGACGCCGCGCAUUCGCACCCGCGCACAAGGCGGCUACCUCUGUACAGACCUAGAUGUAUAUCUUUCUCACGAGCCGUGUGUGUGUUGUUCGAUGGGUCUACUUCUUUCUCGAUUCCGGGCUGUGGUUUUCCCCCGGGGAGGGCGAUUGGAGAGUGGUGGGCUUGCGUCGGAGCCAGUGGUGGGACCCGUUGCUGAAGAUGGGACUGAGGCUAGCUCUGGGGAACAUGAGAGAGGCUACUAUGGACUACAUUGGAGAAAGGAAUUGAACUGGCGGGCUCUAGGGUUUGAAUUUGUGGAGGACGUUGACGUGGAGGGUGAUGGCGCCGUCUUCCAUGCUUGA